UUCUUUUACAGUUAGAUAGAAAUAAUGUUAAAUGCAUGAUUAUUAUGUAUCACUUUUAAAUCCUCAGGCCAAAGAGAAUAUUAGUGAUGUUUAUAUUGAAUUUAUUCCAAAUUAUUUUAUGUUUAAUUAUUACUUUACUCGUGUUGAUGUAUGUAUUAGUGAAAAAAUGGAGAAACAGAAGAAUACAACUGAAAAAUGAUUCGACUUCGAUUACACAUGGAAAGACUUUCUCUUUAUCUGGUGAAAAUAAAGACAACAGCCAGAAGUUAAAAAUGAAUCUUCCGACUAUGUCCUUUUUACCAAUUUUGUGGAAAAUUGUAUUUUCUCAACGUGACAAGCGAUAUCACAAUUUACACAACGGGAUACAUACUUUAAAUUUAUUGACUGGACUCUCUAUGCUAUUUCCAAACGAGAAAGUUGCCUGCCUCAACAUAUUCGGAUAUAAAUUAAUUUUUUUCUUACAUCCAGAAUCUGCAAAGGAAGUGUUAAGAAGCAACAGUUUAAUUAAUAAGGACUCUACGUAUAAUUUUUUGAAGCCACUUCUCGGAAACAACAGUCUUCUGUACAGUUCUGGCGAUAAUUGGAGAAGAAGAAGAAAAUAUUUAGCUCCGCAUGGACAUGUUUGGAAUGUGAAAAAUGAUCAAAAUGUAUUUAUGGAGCAUUCAAACGUCUUAGUGGAAAAACUCAAUCAAUUGAAGGAGAAUGAGAUAUUCGAUAUUUUGGAAUGGAUGAAAUAUUGCACUCUGGAUAUAAUUGCAGGUAUUACUAUCUAA